AGACUGGGAAGGUAGAAAAUCCUGUUAGGAAAGAAUGAACAAUUUAUUAUGACUAAUGUACCUUCAGGUGACAAAUGAAUGUGAUAAUCUCAAUCUGAUUAUGUUAUCUAACCAGCCUAGAGAUGAAUUCUCUUCGAAAAUGGUUCAACAGACCGAAGAAAAGUGACAGUUCUCUGUUAGCGCAGUUUUUCUUUGCUGACGAGGAACUCAAUGAGGUGGCAGCGGAAUUGGAUAGUUUUGAUGGCAGAAAGGACCCAGAGAGAUGUACCACUCUGGUUAAUAAGUUACGAACAUGUCAGGACAAAGUCCUAGUGGUAGUGCAGAAAAUUAUCGAUGAGGCCAUAGGAAACCAGAAGGCAAACCGGGAUUUCCGGGUGAAGUUCCCAGAUGAUGUUUUGCAAGAAAACUUGGCUGGACAGCUGUGGUUUGGGGCAGAGUGUCUGGCUGCUGGGUCCAGCAUUAUGAACAGGGAGAUAGAGAGUGCCUCAAUGAGGCCCCUGGCCCGGGCUCUGACAAAGAAUCUAGACAGUCUUCGUACCUUACUGAGAGAACAGUGCCUAAGGAACCAGUCCAUAGAUUCAGAUAGGGUCAGAGAAUCAUUAACCAUUUUUGACAAGUUGUUUGCAGAAUUUGAAUUAAGCUAUGUCAGCACAAUGGUUCCUGUGAAAACAAUGAAGGAGUAUGAUCUGUCACAGGAAAUCACCAUUCUCUUCUCAGAAACUGUUCAAAGGGCAUUGAAAAAAGGCCUGAUUGAGCAAGAAAUGAUUGAUGAUUAUGAUCCAGCACUCAUGUUCACCAUUCCGAGACUGGCCAUUGUAUGUGGUUUACUGGUGUAUCCUGAGGGUCCACUGAACCCUGAUUUAGAACCUUCCAACAUAUCAGAAAUGUUUAGACCAUUUCAGACUCUGCUACAAAAGAUCAGGGAGCUUCUCCACACGCUAAAUGAGAAAGAAUUAAGUGCUUUAGAGGGUGCAUUGUGUAGUGCUGAAGAACCAGAAAAAAUUCUGUCUAAACCUGAGCAGAAGGAUGAAUCCUCCCAGGUGGACCCUGGAUUUGAAGAGGAAACAGAAUGUAGUACGUCCACCACCCUGACCGAAAUCACUCGGCGUCUGGAACAAGAGAUGACCCAGAUCUCUGACACUUCUAUUGACCUUUUGACCCCAGAACAGGAGGCAUUAAAUGUAUCAAAUCUCCCAUUUGAUGACUAUUCCCCCACUAACACACUUGUGGAUUCCUUAGAGGGUCAAGAGUCUCUGAACUCAAGUCUCAACAAGUCAGAGAGCCGAGAUUCGGGGCUUCAAAGUGAGAAUGUGAGCACUUCAGAAACAGUUAUGUGUGAUGCCAGUACUGUCAGCAUCUCCUCAGAUUCUACCGUUGUUUGUACAGAGACUCCCAGUGCCGAUUCUAAUUUAGCCGACCAUGACGUACAGUUUUUUUGUAGAGAUAUUGUUAAUGAAUUAGUGAAUCGUGCUACCAGUGGAAUUCCCCCGUACAGUAGACAAAGUAGUCAGCAAUAUAACUUGAAUCUGGAAAUUCCUCGGAUUUCCGCAUCAUCUAUCAGCAGUUCACCUUCGACUUCCUCUCUUUCUUCUGACAAUUCUGUUGUUAUUUCUGAAAAACCACCACAAACCUGCCCAGACCAAUCCCAUUUUAAUUCUGACGUCCACCAAUCAACUAUAUCUUUAGAAAACAAAGAUGCCCAUAGUAUCUGUGAUAUUGCCAGUAACACAAAUCUUGUGAUAGACACCAUUGUUUGUGAUAAAUACGAGGGCCCCUCAGAGCCUCGACCUUCACCAGGAUUACCGAAUGAUAGUGAAAAUAGUGACAAAGACUCAACCAAAGCCGGUACAAGUGGAACCAGUAAAGGAAACUGUACUGAGGAACCUCGCUCGAGUGAGAGCACUCGUAAUCUUGAGCAUCCUCGCAUACAAAGACUAAGAUAUACAACUGACAGUGUGAGUUCCAGCUUUUCUAGUUGCCAUAGUAAUACUUAUGAUGCUGAGUGGGAUAGAGAAAGUGAUGAAAGUUGUGAGACUAGUUCCUACAAUUCUGAAAGUAACGAUGAUGAAGAGAUCACCCUUGCAGUUCAGGCCGCAGAACUCGCUUCUCGGAAAGAGGCUAGGGCCAGGUUUAGAAGCAGCAGUGACCUAAUUCAUAGACUAUUUGUUUGCAUAUCAGGAGUAGCAGAUCAGUUACAAACAAACUAUGCUGGUGACUUAAGAAACAUCCUGAAGUGUGUGUUUGACAUGAACUGCUCUGAUCCCGUCAUAGUGCUAGAUGAAAACCCAAAGAAGAAAUUCGACAGACACCCCAACUUCAUGUCACGUAGAACCAACAGAUAUGGACAUCGAUCUACUUCUAACAGACCUCGAGAACCUCCACAAUGGGUACCAGAUGAUCAGAUGGAGAAGUGUAUGGCUUGUGAGAUUCCUUUUAACUUUGUGAGAAGACGACAUCACUGCAGAAACUGUGGAAAGAUAUACUGUGGCCGAUGUUCCUCCAACUUUGUUCCUCUUCCUCAUUUUGGCUACAUGAAUCCUGUCAGAGUGUGUAAUCACUGCUUCCUGUUCCAGGUCACGCCCUUUACUGUCAACGAAUGAAAAAUCACCUUACUUUUCAAUUUCAAAGCUUAAAUCUCUGUUUUUUGUGAAUUAAGGCAAAUGUUAGUGUGUACAUUUUUUUUUUUCUUUCUAAUUGCUGAAAGCAAAGCUUUCACUUGGAAUUUUUAAGCUUUCUGUUAAUGUCUGUCAACUGCCAGGAAAACCGUAGUUGUAUUUUGAAAAUUUAAAUGCUACAGGCCAAUAUUUUAAAAUUAAAAGCAAUAUUUGCUGUCCAUACAAAAAUUGUUUUGAAUGUUUUCAAUCAUUUAAUACCAAGUUGUAAAAUGUGUUUUCCUUUAAUAUACCUGCUAAAAAGUUUUAACAUAUAACUACGUAUUUUGCAGGGUCCUAUGAAAUAUUUGACCAUUGCUGUAUACUAUGAAAUCUAUGACUAUUGCAGUAUCUUAUAAAAUCUAUGACUCUUGUAGUGUCCUAUGAAAUUUAUGACUAUUGCAGUGUCCUAAGAAAUCUAUGACUUUGCAGGAGCUUAUGAAAUACAGUUUAAUCUUAAUUUCUGGAACAUUGUGGGACUGUCAGAAUUUUAUGACAUCUUCAUGGCUUUUGAAAGAAUUCAACAUACUCCUGAUGUACAACAUAUCAAUGCAAUAAAAACAAAAACAAACAAAAACAAAAUUAAACUGUAAUUAUAUUGAUUUAUUAGGUUACAUUGUAAAGAUAACUUAAAUGGUAGCGUGUCUUCCUUAUUUUAAAAUCCUUUUUUGGGAAGGUCACAUAAUUCAUAAUAAUGCAGCAAAACCUGAUACCGUAUACAGCAACUGUUAAAAAACAAAUGAUUUAUAGGUGGGGAAGCCUAUCUUUUAUAAGUUUGUCUUAUAUUAUAGCAUUUUUAAUCAGUUAUAGAAACCAUAAUAUAAUUUUCUGAAGAGACAUAUUGUUUUAUAUUGUAAUCCAUAUAUCUUGAAUACAUGUUUUGUAUUCAGUUAAAAAUUGUGUGAUAUGUCUAACUAAUGUGACACUAAAGAUGGGGGGGGGGGUAAAAUGAAGAGGAUAACAGGUUAACAAAUAUUGCAAGAAUUUAAAGAUGUGGAAAAAUUUCCUUGUCAAGUUCUUUACUAAGAUAAUAGAGGGUCUACAAUCAUUGAAUUCUCAAUACGUGUGUUCGGAGUCUGGCAUAAAUAUGAAAUAAAGAUUGAAAGAAAAAUGUUUUUAUCAUGGAUUUAAUUAAAUCAAAUGGGAAGUUUAUAAAAUAACAAAAAAGAAGCAAAAAAAACCCUACAAAAUAAAUUCCCUAUUUUGAGGAAUUGAAUCACUAAAAUUUUGAAGGGCAAAGAUGACCCAGUACAUGUAUGCAUGUUUAUGGUUUUAAAUUCAAAUAAGGAUGGAUAAGUGGUAGAUUUUACUAACAUAAGGGUGAAUAUCAUUGUACAGUGUAUUAAUUUUUGUGUAUUCCUUGAUUUGGAGUACAUUCACUUCUUAUAGUUGGACUACCUCAUCACAGUAACAGUGGGCUUUUCUGAAUAGUUUGAAGCAUUUAUAGAAUACAAAUGUACAUGUUUUUUCAAAGGCAUUCAAUUUCGUGUAGAAUCGUCAUUGCAGAUAAGUUAGAAGAAGAUAGGAUGUAGUAUAAAGCUGUGUUUAUUUAGGGAAUUCAAUCUUUGAUGCAUUUAUAAACACAUCACAAGUGCAAUUAUGUGGUAAAAAAUGCAAUUUAUUUUCAUUACUUCCUUCAUGUAUACUAGGUAGUAGGUACAUGUCAAUUUCAUUUUCAUGUAUGGAGUGAUAUCGUUCUUGGUUAAAGCUUGGUCUGCUCCAGCCACUAAGUGUAAUUGAUGGCUUAAGUAUAUAGGGUUGUACAUGUAAUAUUUAUUAUUCAAGAGGUUGUAUUUUUAAUUGUUUUUUUUCACUAGCACCCUGAUGUUAAUUAAUGUAAUUAAGAAGUCAAAUUGUACUUAUUUUUCAAUUUCAGUCAAAAGAAAAUUACACUCUGUGAACUACAUGUAUAUGCUUAACAAUAAUUGACAAGAAUUGAGCAUGUAAACCAUGUUCUUGGGCAUGAGCAAAGAAGUGUUUAACUUAAUAAAUUAAAUUUAGGCAGGCAAAUUAUGAAGCUUGAAUCAUUAUGCUUCUAUAAUUAUUUGAUAUUGAAAUGGUUUAAAAUGGUUAUAUAAGAUAUGUCAUUUAUAAAUUCAGUAAAACCCCCACAAAUAUUGAAUUCAUUUAUGUUAGGUAGAAAUAUGCUAGAAUUUGUGUGCUUUUAAUUUUAUUGUUCUCCUGAAGAACAUACAUGUAAUUAAUUUGUAUUGAUCACUAAAUAAAGUAAUCCAUAAUGUAUAUUAGAGCAAUACAUUACCAGAUAUCCUAUAUUGUACUUGCUUGCAAGUAAAAGAACUUUAAAUGUUAACAAUAUAGUGUUUAUUCUGAUAUUAAUGCAAGAUCUGCAGAUACACAUUAUGUCUUUACCCAAAUGUUCCAUUAAAGUUUGAUCACAAAUUC